CUUACACACGGAAAGGUGUUUAAAGAAGCAACACUAGAUCUUCUCUCCUCUUUUUUAUAAUAAGACUUGCAUUAUGGCUGUAAUUAAGUCACUCUUGAGUUUAGGCUUACUGCUUCUGCUUGUGGCUAUUACCAAUGUCACUACAGUUAAUCCAGAUGCAACUACAACUAGUGUCACUACAGUUAAUCCAGAAGAUGCGACUACAACCAGUGUCACUACAGUUAAUCCAGAAGAUGCGACUACAACCAGUGUCACUACAGUUAAUCCAGAAGAUGCGACUACAACCAGUGUCACUACAGUUAAUCCAGAUGCGACUACAACCAGUGUCACUACAGUUAAUCCAGAAGAUGCGACUACAACCAGUGUCACUACAGUUAAUCCAGAUGCGACUACAACCAGUGUCACUACAGUUAAUCCAGAAGAUGCGACUACAACCAGUGUCACUACAGUUAAUCCAGAUGCGACCACAACUAGUGUCACUACAGUUAAUCCAGAUGCAACUACAACUAGUGAUAGUACAGUUACUCCAGAUGCAACUACAACUAGUGAUAGUACAGUUACUCCAGAUGGAUCCAAUCAAACCGCUGGAAGCACACCUGCCCCUACUACACCUAGACCAGGUCACUGCGUGUCAAGCCCUUGUUCAUCAGGCAGCACAUGUGUUGAACUCUUGACUAAUUACACAUGUAUGUGCCAAACUGGAAUGGUCUAUGAUGAAAGAUUGAGAACCUGUAUUCUAGCAAAGACUUUCCCAACUGAUCUAAGAUUUCAGAUGAAUUAUAUAUCUGAAAUGAAAGACAAGAACUCAGAAAUAUUCAAAGAAACAGCAGAGGAUAUUGUUCAAAAGCUUAAGAAUGCUUUCAGUUCUACUGAUGGUUAUAUUGGAUCUGUAGUUUUGAAACUUACAGAAGGCAGUGUGAUUGCAGAUGUAGACCUUUUUUUCAGUAUCACCUCAAAUGUUACUGAAGAUAAAAUAAAUAAGGAAAUACAGAGUGCAACAAAUGCAACAGUUGCCGCAAAGAACUUGUGCAUGAGAGAAUUCUGUGACACAGAAAGCACAAAGUGUACUAGUAACGAUGGUCAAGCUUCAUGCAGUUGCUUAAAAGGAUAUGUAAAGUUGACAGUAACACAACAGGCCUGCACAAGCUGUCCCAGUGGUCAGAAAGCAGUGGAGUCUGUAAGAUGCGAAAAUUGUCCUUUUGGAUACUCUGGUUUCGACUGUGAAGAAUCGUUCCUCUUAAUCCUGGUUGUGGUUGCCUGUGUUCUGGGCACACUUCUUCUCUGCACUUUCAUAAGCACUGUAGUCUUAUAUUCAAGGUCAAGAAAAACGAUCAAAUCUUCAGACAGAAAGCAAUCCCUCCAAGACAGUGUGGACUUCAAAAAACCUGUAGGCAUUCCCAGGAUCCCACGGGCUAACGCUAAUUCUGGCUGGCAACCAACCAAUCUGGAGAUGACCGAAAGUGGAAGCAGACAUGCCCUUGUGUCAAAGGAUUCUGCAGAAAAAAAGGACAUGUGGGACUAUGACUAUAUUGAUGACUCAAGGAGCUUUAGGAGCCAGACGCCCUCUAGAACCAAUAACGGGUCCAGGGUCACAAGGAACCCCUACAACGAUGCAUACGCGGACCAGAUGCGCAAAUACUAAUUUUCAUUCUACUAAUUUCUUCUGUAUAAAUCGUUUUAUGAGCAGCAUAAAGUCUUACAAAAACAUCUGUACAAACAAUAUUAUUAAUAUUUUUAUAAAGCUUUAAAAAUAUUUGUAUUAUUUCUAUAAUGAAAUUGUUGGACGCUGAUGUAAUGUUCUGAUCCAGCAGAUGUCACUGUUUGAUGCAGCUUGUUCCUGAUCCUUUCUACCUGAAAGUGCUUUUGUUGUUUCUACCAACCAAUUUGAAUUGUUUCAUCUAAUGCUGUUCAUAUAUUUCUUUUUUCAUGCAAAAAUAAUUUUCUAUGACUGAUAUUAAAUACAGGGCUUUUGAAACAAGUAAGCAGUCAAUGACUACAAUGAAAAUGACUGUAGCAGGAUUUCAAUUGUGUACAUGAUCCGCAGCUUCUAAAGGAAAUGUUUAUAAAUAUGAGCAAUCCAGUUGAUGUGUUGCAUUUUAUACUUAAAUUUGACUCUUCUAAAAGAGAAAAUUGUCUAUUAGAAUUAAUUAUAAAUACACAAAACAAUUAAAAAAAAAGAAAACAUUUAAAUGCUUGUUCAUUAUCUGCACUUACUUCAGAAAUACUUUAUAAGAAACACUUGUACAUUUUCUUAUUCAUAAAAUUUUCCAAUCAGCCAUGUGGCAGCAGUGCCAUCAAUAAAAUCACACAGAUACGUCACAAGAUCGCCAGUUAAUGUUCACAUCAAACAUCAGAAUGUGGAAAACUAGUUAAUCUUUAUGAAUUUGAACAUGACAUAAGUGGGAAAAGGGCUGAUUUAAAUAUUUCAGACUCUCUUCCAGCUGAUUUCCUUUCGUGUAGAACUUUCUAGAAUUUAUGCAGAAUGGUGCAGAAAACAAAAAAAAUCCAGUGUAUUGCAGUGAGUUGAAAUCUGAAUCACCUCUGGUUCACACAUUAGGGAUGUGUAAAAAUGUAUAAUACUUAAUCUAUUUAUUUCUGUAAAGCUGAUUUGCAGCGAUGUAUUUUGUUAAAAGUGCAAUACAAAUAAAAUUGAACUGAAAAA